GUCAUUAAGAUACAUCAAAAAGAGCAGUGGGCCAAGCACCGACCCUUGUGGUACUCCUGACGUCACGUCAGCCUCACCAGAUUUCUCUCCGUUAAUAAAAACUCUUAAACGUGUAAGCUGCAGAUAAUUUUUUAUGCAAUUAAUUACAAUAGUGCCAUAACAACAAUAAUUUAUGGUGUCAUUAACAAAUUAUGCUGUACAACAUAAAAAGCUUUCUUGAAAUCAAGAAAUAUACAAUCAAAUCGUUACACCUUUAUCCAGUACACUUGCUAGGUCAUGAGCUAAUGCUGUGAGCUGCGUGACAUAGGAAAAUCCACUGCGGAAACCAUGCUGGCAAUUGUUUAGCAGAGUUUUCUCAUAACAAUUGCCAGCAUGGUUUUCUCAUUUAAAUGUUUAAUUAGGUUAGAGAAAAGAACAUCUUCUAGCACCUUGUACACUGUAAUAAUUAACGACACGGGACAGUAGUUAAACACCAAAUUUCGUGGUCCAGAUUUGUACACAUUUGCCCUUUUCCAAUCAGAGGGCAGGCUGUCCUCUUCGAUCGAUUUUGUAAACAGAUAUAAAUAUUUUCAAACUGAACAUGCACAUGAUAAUAAAGCAUUCGGUAUUUCGUCUGGACCACUGGCUUUUGUAGGAUUUCAUUUCUUUAAAAUAGCUUCAAUUCUGCACAGACUAAACACAUAACCUUUUCCAUAGUAACAUCAGAUCUUCUAGGAAAAUUUGUGAGCCUGUGUGCAUGAUAUACCGAUGUAAAAAACGACGAUAUAAGGCAUUCAGCUUUCUGGCGAUUGUUAUACACAAACGUGCCGUCGUUAUCAAUAGUCGGUAUUGUUUGAUCAUCCUUUCCAUUUUUUUUGUGAAGAUUUGCCGCAUUUUUUUGGGGCGGUCUAUUAAUCGCAAGUCUAGGGUUUCAACGUAAUUGGCCUUUGCUUUUUUUAUGGUGUCAUUUAAUGUAGUUGCAAGAUUUCUCUUGCCCCUCCCUCUUUGAAUUUACUGUAGGCAUUCUGCCUCUUGCGGACUAAUCGUUGCACAUCACCCAUAAACCAAGGCCUACUUUUGCUGCGUCUAGCUGGCAUCAGCCAUGAGGGACCAUGUCGCUCACCUAAUUCAAACAAUUUACUUUUGAACCUUACCCAGAUAUCUUCUGUAUGAGACGUAUCUCACAGCGUCUCAAGAACAUUGUAGUAACGGUAAAGUGCCUCUGUUUUAUCGCAGUAUUCGCUUUCUUAUAGCUAUAUAUUCGCCUUGCCCCGCUAUUUACAACUUUAACAUGGCGCAAGUUCAGCUCGCAAAGGACAGCGCUAUGGUCACUUAUACCAGGCACGGCUAGUGUAUUCUGAUCCUCGGAAGGCAAAUCAGUAAGUAAUAAAUCCAGGACAUUAUUUGCUCUUGUAGGUUGCAAAACAAGUUGAUGCAGCGAAAAAAAGCUACACAUCCUUAGUAAUUAAUUUCCCGAGCCACUAUUAAUGCAAGGGUUCAUAUUUUCUUGAGACCAAUCAAUUUCAGGCAGGUUGAAAUUCCCUCCGAUUAUUCUACAUUCAUAAUUUCCUCUUUCAAGUCAUUGAUUACUUUAAUUUGGCUUCCUGGUGGCUUAUAAAAAGAACAAACAAACAGACACAGUCUUUCCUUUUUGCAAUCGUAGCUUCACCCAGAUUGAUUCAGCUGUUUGUGGCUGAAUACUAUAUAACACUUUGGAAUAAACCUCCCAUUUAACUAGUACAAACACACCCGUGUCGAUUUCUGUCUCUCCGAUAAGCUGCAUAAUGUGCGGCAAAGAUUUCAUUGUCACUAAUUUCACUGUUAGCCACGACUUGGAUUCAAGGACAAGUGGGAUUAGUCAUGUGAAGAAGGUUAGCGAAAUGAUGGACUUUAUUUGUCAUGCUUCUGCAAUUCACAAGCACUACUUUCAGCUUGGUAUUGUUGCUUUGCUGUCACCCUGAUUGUAUAACUGAACCAAGUGUCUCAUCAUAAGUGUACUUGAUGUUCAAAAACAAGGAAGAGGCUUACUUUGUCUCCAUCUUUACGGUGCAAAACUUUAUUUCGGUUCACACUGCAGACCGAGGAAGAUUGGGCUAAAGGUGCUUUGCAACACCUGACAAAGGCCCAGCCUCCCUUUGGUUGUUCAAGCACAUGCGGUAGCAGCACAAGUUUCACAAAUUUUUACACAACUAAGUUGAAGUGAAACAUGUAAUAAUAACAACAAAUACAAAACUAACAUGCACGGAAGUAACAUACACUUCUGCAAUGUAAGUCAUUAUGUAGCAUCCAAAACAGUAGUUUAUAAAAUCAGUCAUUGGUAGUUACAAAGCAUUCAUUGUAGAUAUAGAAAUCAUAAGGUCAGUAAAGAAAACAAGACAAAGGUUAUGAUAUUGGUUUACAUCUCUCCUAAUAGCAAACUGAUUAAAAUAUUCGAAGGAAGGUUACUGUUUGAAUGUUCCCUAAUCAGAAGAUCGAUUUCUGGAUGACCAUUUAAGGUACGAGGUAUAACAACCGAAAGUUUUUGAAGGCCAUAAUUUGUUCGUGUCGUAUCAAACUUGUAGUGUUAAUGUAGAAAAUUGUAGGAUGUGUUAACAUUUAAAUACUUUUGCUCAAAAUUUUCUUUAUCAUUUCUGACUUGUUUGUGUAUAUGAAUUGAUAAUUUCUUUAGAUAUGGUUGCGGAAUAUUCUGCAGGCUGUGUUUAAGAAAUUAACUUCUGGUGCUUUCACGAAGUGAUAGAUUUUCAAUAGCACUUAUAGCUCUUUUUUGGAGUAUGGCAAGUUUCAUUACAUUAGUUUCUGUAGUCGUACCCCGUAUUAGUAUGCAAUAAUAAAAAUGAGAGUAGACAAGCGAGUAACACAAUAGGAGCUUUACUCGAACGGGUAAUGCAUAACGAAAUUUAUUUAUUAUGCCUUUAGAACGAGCUACUUUGGUGGAUAAGUAAUUGACGUGUUCUGACCACAGCAUAUUCUCCUGAAAUACAACACCAAGAAAUUUUAUUUUUGAUUCGCGCGCCAGGUAGCAGGUGUGAUACUUCAAGUAGAAAUCAUUGUGAAUGGUUUCAUUCUUUGGUCUGAACACUACAUACUUUGUUUUGUUAACAUUUAAUUGCAGGUGAUUUGCUUUUAGCCGUAUUGCGAGUUCAGAUAACCACGCAUUUGCUAUAUACUGUAAUUCUUGACAAUCUUGUCCAGCAAAAAAAAAACAUUCGUAUCGUCAGCAUAAAUCACAAUAUCCUUAGUAUCUUGUAUGUAAAUUAUGUCGUUAAUGUAUAGUAAAAAUAGGAUGGGACCUAAUAUAGACCCUUGAGGUACGCCUGUUGAGAUUACUCCUGUGUUCAAUUAGAUAUGAUUUACAGUAGUGAAUUGUUGGCGAUUAUUCAGAUAGUUACUGAGCAAGUCUACCGCUACUCCUCUUAUAUCAUAAUAACUCAACUUUCUUUUUUCUUAUGUCGUGUGGUACAGAGUCAAAAGCCUUGCGCACGUCUAGGAAGAUCCCUACUGUUAUUAAUUUCCGCUCAAAGUUGUCGAGCAUUUCUUCCUUUAUACGUAGCAAGGCCGAUUCCGAGCUCUUGUUUUUUCUAAACCCAAAUUGUUGAUCUACAAAAAUGUUAUCAGAAAUAUAAAACUAUAUAGACAAUUGUUAAUUACAUGUUUAGCAACUUUUGCGAAUACUGACAGCACAGAGAUUAUUAUUACAUAGUUAUUUAGAUAAUUUCUGUUACCUCCCUUGUAGAUCACUCGGACUCGGGCCAAUUUCAUGUUAUCAGGAAAAGAACCAGAGGUCAGCAUGGCGUUACAAAUAUGCGCCAGGGGACAGGCGAUAAUAUCGGCGAUUUGUUUAACUGGCCUUGUCAUUAUGUUGUCUACGCCAGGGGCGCAUUUGAGUUUGAGAGAAUGUAUAAUGGGGGGGGGGGGUUAAAUAUUUCAUGUUGACUGCAUCGUAAUAAAAAUAAUGAUUUAGAAUACAUUCCCGUCAUAAAACUCACGGGAUCUAAGGAGUCGUCAUAAGGUUCAUUAGGUGUACCUGCAGUUAAACAGUGUACAUUCAUUCGAUUAGCUAAAUUGAAACCGUCUAAAAGUUUCUCCUUCAUAGGUUAGAGGUGUGUCGAUGCGAUUCUGAUUAAUUGGUUUAACAUAGCCCCAGUUUGCUUCGGGGAAUGGCAUGCAUCGAACUUAUUUAAGUAAUACUCGUUCCGUGCUUUCUUAAUGUUGGCUCACAAUUUAUUUCAAAUUUUUUUAUAUUCAAGAAAUAAAUUAGAGUCGUUAGUCUAUAUGAAACGCGCAAAGAAGCGGUUUUUCUCGACAAUUCUUUCAUACAGUCUCUGGGAAAUCCAUGGUUUCCUACUUUUCCUGUGUCUCCUAAAUGGUUGCACAGGAAAGGCCUCAUUACUGUGAAAAUAUCCAUGAACAAUUUAAAUGAGAUGUCUCUUGAGUCGCAUGGCUCCAGUCGGUGCUGCAUGCGAGUUCUCAAAAGUAAGUGAGGUUUUCCUCGUCCAUCUUCCUGAAUGAAGUAGGCGGAUUACGUUUUGCAUGAGAAGGAAAUGCGCAGAAAAUUGGCAUGUGAUCGCUCAAACCCUAGUAAGGUGUCUGCGAAAAUAUUGUCACUUCUAUCAUUCGUCAGACAAACAUCUGAAAGACUUUCUGUAUUAUUUCUUAUUCUUGUCGGAGAGGUUAUGCAAUUUUCAAAGCCAUGACUCUGCAUCAUGUUAAGAAAAUCGACAGAUAACUUUUGAUUAGAUAGUAAAUUAAUGUUUAUAUCGCCAGUGUAAAUAGCCUUUAGGUUAUUUAUGAAUGCACAGUCGAAUGUCUCUUCAAGGAAUCUACAAAAUUUACUAAUGGAACCACAUGGCGGACAGUACACAAUAAUUAUAACACUAUUAUUAACUAGCAAUGCCAGGGAUUCGAUGUCCGAACUAGUCACACAAAAUUCAGAUAUGAUAGAAUGAGCAAUACCUUUUUUGAUAUACGCACAUAGCCCACCUCCAUGUUUCUGUGUUCGAGACAAGGAAAUGUUUGUAUAGUUAUCAAUGCUUGGGACAACACAAUCAUCAGCAUACCAUGUUUCCGUAAAAGCUAUAACAUCAAACGCUUCAUGAAGGUCCUUAAGGUAUUGGGUUAGUUCAUCGAAUUUGUUUCUCAGACUGCGGGUAUUCAAGUGAAAUAGAGAGAAUGAACUUUUAAUGGUUUCUCGAUUAACUUUGACAACUGUAUUGAACGAGUGCACUUCAAAGGCAGCCAUGAUUUAUGGAAAGUGUGGAAAAAUAGCAAUGUAGGCAAGCUAUUUAAUUUUUCUAAGAUCUAUCUCGCAUUUAAUAAUGGUAGCCCACUUGUUUUCUAGUGAACACCUUGCCGUUAGACUGCCAAAUGUACUGAUGACUAAUUCAGCAGCUUUCGUGCGCGUCAGCCAGAGCAGCCGUUUGUUGCAAGCUGUUAGGUUAUCGUUGAAACAGACGCCUCCCAGCUUUUGUCUCGGUUCCUUAGAUUUAACUUUUGCGCAAUCCCAUAACCUCAUUCUUUUCUUUCGCACAGUCUCUGAAAAGUCUACCCAGACGCUAAUGCUUGUGCCCUUACACUUCUUUGCCAUAACGAGGAUACUCUGCUUGUCUUUAUAACUGGCAAAUUUGGCCAUUAGUGCGCGUUUUUUCUGUGAACUAAAGCUGCCUAGUCGGCACGCCCUUUCAACGCUAACUUGCUCUAUACCUAAAUGAGAAUGGCACAGUUCUGACACUGCUUUCAGACUUAAUUACCCUCUCAUGUUCAUCAUUAUCUUCAACGCCAAAGAAGACCAGAUUAUUACGUCGGCUCCUGUUUUCAGUGUCAUCAACUUUAGCCAUCAGAGAGUCAAUUCCGGCCUCAUUCUGCUCCACUGUUAUCCGGCUGUCUGAAACUGCCGCGUGUAGUUCGUCAAAUUUAUUUAUCUUCGCUUCAAGGUUACCGAUGCGGCUUCUUAAGUCUGCCAUAGCAACCUGUUGUUCAGCUUGAAAGUUUUCUAUGGAUUAUAACUUUUCUUUGAUUACCUUUUGGCCACAUAAAAGUUCCUUUAGAAGGGCAGUAUCUGGGCCAGGAUUCAGCUCAACAUCACAGCACACAAGCAACAACAAAAAAUAAAAUGCAAAAUGACGCAAGAACACAAAGUGACAAUGCCUACGACAAUCGCGCGAUCUAUUAUUUGAGUGAGAGCAUACAGAUGUGAAAACACUGGGUGUGGAACCGGCAAAGCAACAAUGCCAUAAAAGUCUUAGGUUUUGUGAAAACUAACCUGCAUGAGAUACAACAAAGUCGUGAACAGCCCCGCCUUCGCAGAGCCGGUUUCACGCCCCAGAGAGCGACUGAUGUUCCACGACGCUCGAAGUGAUGUACGUGGAUCGCCCAAGGUUUGUUGUCCAGAAGAUCACACCUUCCGAAUUUGGUGGCCUGACAUAUUCCACUUUCAGCUUGAUCAUCAAAUCGGUUAUGCUGGAUUGAUCCCGGUGAUGAAUCUGCGCAGUCAUCAAACUCGAUGUUGUGACAGAGCUGUCGAGAAUCGCUUCCUGCAAACACCUGGAUGAAAUCGGCAAAGUCGUGUAUAUACAAAAUACAGUGAUCAUCUAGUCAAUAAAGACAUAUUUGAAUUGGACACAGUGGAGACAUGAAGAAAGACAUAAUUGGAGGCGUGAAAAAAAGAUCAGCAGGGGAACAUGAGUACAUCAGUUUUGUUACUCAUCAGUUCAUUGAGUAGCCUAGGCAAUCUAGAGCAUAGCAUUUACAUGCUGUAAUUGGUACUUGAGUGAGGUGUAUACCAGUAUUCCGGACAUUGGGUUGAGUAGGGAGCUUUGUGUUUGUUGAGUUGGACUAUUGAUUGUAUAAUGUUUAUAUUUCUUUUGUGCUCGUUUUUAUUAGCUAUUGCCAGACGGUAUCCCACAAGAUUUGUCAUUUUCAAAGUUUUAAGCUCUUGAAAUAAGCAGGCUGAUAGGAAGUUGUACGGCUUGUUACAUAUAUAGCAUGAACAGUUUUCUUUUGUAGUACGUACAACUUGAUAAUGUUUGUCGCAGAAGUCGUACCCCAUACAAGGCAACAGUACUUUAAGUGGCUCAUGAAUAGGGAACUGUGUGAUAAUUUUUUAAUGAAACGGGGUAGAAAGUUCCGUAAAUGAUCAGACUAGUGAUUUGGGAAAGUUUGCCUGCAAGGAAAUCUGUAUGAUUAUUCCAGGCCAUGUGUUGGUCAAAUUGUACACUUAAAGACGUUACAAAUUCUUUCAGAAAUCUUUCAGCAAUUAAUCCUAAGGUCUUCUUUCAAAGUGACUUGCCUUUUUUUACUACAAAAAGAACACCUUCAGUUUUUGAGGAGUUAAGACUAUGGCCAUUUUCGACUGACCACUUAUAUUUUUCCAAAACGAUAUUAUCAUUGCAGGCUAAAUCAAAUUUAUAUGAAAGAAAUAACGUGGUGUCAUCAGCAUAGAUUACAUAAUGUAAGUCUCGAUCAAUGUUAACUAAAUCAUUAGCGUAAAUAUUAAAAUGACGGGGCCCUAAAAUGCUGCUCUGUGGAACACCAAUAUUAACUGAAUGAGUUUGAGAUACCUGAUCGUUCAUAGGGCUGCGCGCUAAAGAGUGACGCUGGCCAUGAUGAUGAAUGAAGAAGGUGAAGGUAAUGCUCACACUAUAAACUGUUUUCUGUGAUUUAAGUAGAACUUAAUCAGGUCUAGGGCAAUGCCACGAAUCUCAUAAUAUUUCAUUUUAGAAAACAGGAGCUCAUGGUUGAUAGAAUCAAACGCUUUCGAGAAAACGACGAAAGCCCUCGGUGUAAGCAGACCUUUUUCAAUAUUGUUUAAGACAAGUUCUUUCUGUUCCAGAGACUGAGCUGAGUGGACCUAUAUUUGUGAACAACAGAUUCCUUUCACAGAUUAUGUUUAUCGAAAAAGUUAAUUAUCCUGCAAGAUAUAAUCAUUUCUAGGCCUAGGUAAAAUAGACUCCACUCAGUGAAGUUUGCUGCGAUUGCUGCUCCAUCUGUCGCAGCGCUGCGAACAAUAAUGAGACGGCCAAAGCGCUCGGGCGUAUUCGUAGGCGCGGUGUCAAUGGUGCUGUUCGGUCUUUUCUGCCAUUGAGGCAAUGUCAUCCUUCAGCUCGACUAAUUCUAAUCCAUCCACUGAAAGUGUAUGGAAGAGGAAGAGGAACAAGUGCCAGUACUGCUGCGUAAAAAACUGCCACAGCCACAAAGGCCAGCCUGGCGUGAAAUUGUACCGAUUUCCUGGCCGCCCGUGGGAGCAAGAACGACGGAAAAGAUGGAUUGUUGCUGUUCGAAGAGUCAAGUAAGUAAUUGUGAAAACAGCGUUUUCCUAGUGUCAAAGUCAAAGUAACUAUAUGUUUUAAGGUCUAGCCAGGUCUAGCUGCUUGAGGUUCUGCAACUGUAUUUGUGUGCUUAGCAUGGUUGGAAGUGUAUGGAGCAUGUUUUGCACAAGAAGCUUGCAUUGCACGAAACUUUACGCGCGAAUUUGCGCCUCAAAUGCUCUUGUAGGCUGCAUGCAAAUCUUUGUUGGUUUGCUUGCAUGCGUGUAGUCCGAUAAUUAACUGUUAAAUUGCGUUUUUCUGUGAUACUUUCAGUGAAGUAAGUAAACUCGGUUUGCGUUGAUUUUGGGAGUAGUGGUGGUGCAUGUAAAUCUAAACUUCAAAUGUCUUCACCAAGUGGCGCCCAGUCGUGAGACUGUUCUCUCUCAUCAGCGCUUUGUGACGUGUUUGCCUCGUUUACCGUCUCGUGAAGAAGUCAUUCAGUUACUGCAUGUGCGCUCUUGCUUGCGGGCGCAUGCAUAGGGCACUGCAUCAUCAGUAUGAACUGCGUAGUAUUUGCAAUCAUGCUCCUCUUAGUUUCUUCAGCGAGAACGACAGCUCGCCGUGGAUGCUGAAGCAGACGAGUAGGAUCUGCUCCAAACACUUCGUGAACGGUGCAAAAAGCAUGAUAGCGACACACCCUGGCUAUCACCUAGCUAUCGUCCCGGAUGUUUACAAAGUUCGUCCUAUAAAAUCAACUGACCAGUUGUCGAGGUAUGGAAGGUGGAAGAAAAGAGACGAGGUAAAGUCAGUGGCAACCGGAGAAGGUUGUUGCACCAUUGCUAGUACGGAUACCACACGGGGCAGCCAAGGUACAGAUGCAGACACUGCAGGUCACAAUUACUCUCUGCGUCCGCCUGGCUUGGAGCUCCUCUGCGCUGCUGCUGCAUCACUACAGGUGGCACAAGAAGAUAAGGCAUGCCAAACUGACGGUGAUUUUGUGGCCUCCAGCAGUUUCAGUGUUCUGUUGUGUUCUGUGCAGGGUAACAAAUCAUGCACCCAGGUGGAGCACAAAAGUGUUUGUAGCGCAGCGGUUCAGUGCAAACCGCCCACGACUUCAUGCCAUAGUGGAUUUGACCACCAAACUAUCUGCUUUACUGGCUAUCAAAGUGUCAAAAAGUGUGCACCUGCUGUCAGGGACCUGUGUGGAGUGACACUAGAUGUGGUUGCUCUACUAAUGAGCAUAAUGCCAGCCUGUGCAGAGUGUAGGUGUGAUAUUCCAGUAGCAGACAGGGUUUUGAUGUUUCUGAUGAAGCUGGGCAUCAGCUAUUCAUCUCUCGCAGUACUCUUUUCAGUGAGUCGAACUACAGUGUCGCACCAUAGUGUCCUGAGAACUCUGAGAACUGCCACCCAGAAGUGGACUUUUCGUCCCCCAGCUCAUGUAAUAAUGAAAACUAUGCCCGAGUGCUUCAAAGCAAACUACCCAGGCUGUUCAAUGAUCAUAGACUGUACCGAGGUGCGUACAGAACAGCCUAGCACUGUGCAGCAGCAACGAGUACUUUACUCCCACUACAAAGGAGGAUAUACUCUAAUGUUUCUUGUGGUGCAGUCUGCUUCUGCUCAAAGGCCUACGGUGGAAGAUGUUCUGAUGCAUACAUCACUGUAGAUUCUGGAUUUUUAGACUUAGUGCAGCCAGGGGAUGUGGUCAUGGCUGACAAAGGAUUUCCAGGGAUAAAGUCUGGGUUGAAACAGGUACAAGCUGUGUUGGUGAUGCCUCCCUUUCUACAAAACAGUGACCAGUUCAGUGAGGGGGAGGUAACAGAGACGUACAGUAUAGCACAGGUUCGUAUUCAUGUUGAAAGAGUGAUCCAGAGAAUUAAGUGUUACAAUAUCCUGAAUACUAGAGUGCCUACAGAGCUGAUCUCGGCAAUGAGUGACGUGUUUCAUGUAGUAUGUUGUGUUCUUGCUAACUUGCAGCCUCCAAUCAUUCGUGAAAGGGCGUCUGCAAGUGAAAGCGUGUAAUAUUAUAUUUUGAUGUGUUAAAUUCAUGACUCCGAUUUCAGACUGUUAUGCUUACUAGGUUUCGAGCUUAUUAAAGUCUUAUAUAAACCAAACAUAGUGAUGAAAGUGCAUGUGUGAGGUUCCAUUGAAUGUAUACAAGUGUUUGUGUUUAAGCUAGUGCUGUAUAGUUAUGGCAAGGACAGUUCUGUGAAGUUAUUUGCAAGAAUGCAUUCUUUCUAAAAAGAAUGUUAAGCUAUCAAUCUUGUAAGUUGUGUCUUGCAAUGUAAAUAAAAUUUCCUAUGUGUUCUUUUAAAUCUGCA